AAAGGAAGGAAGGAAGCAUACUCAGUUUUUCACUGAGUGUCCACAGUGUGCUUGACCCACAUCAAGUGAGCAGAAAAAAAUACCCUCAACUGGACUCUGACUGGAUCCUGAAUGAAACCUAGCUUCUUGCAAAAACACUGAAAGAGAACCUGGUGCAAGAAAAAUGUCAACAAAAAAAAUGCCAGCUCAGGAAAACAGCAUUUCUCAUGGGCCAGUAGCUGGAGUGUUUCUUGAACAUUCAAAUGAAACCAUUACAAUAUACCAAGCCUACAAGAAACGCUUGUUGAAUCCAGGAACAUGUCUGGCACUGUUAGAGGCUCAAGCUGCAACAGGAGGAAUCAUCGACCCUGUCAAAAACAGGACAUGCUCUGUUGAAGAUGCAGUAAAAGAAGGCAUUGUUGGACGUGAAAUGAAAGAGAAACUUCAAUUAGCAGAGAGGGCCAUCAUGGGCUACACAGAUCCCUACACCAACCAACAAAUCUCACUCUUCCAGGCCAUGCAGAAAGAUGUAAUUCCAAAAGAAUAUGGCAUUAGGUUACUUGAGGCACAGAUCUCUAUCAAAGGGAUUUAUGACCCUAUUGAAAAAUGCUACCUAACAGAAGAACAAGCCUAUGGGCGAGGUCUCUAUGACAAAGAUCUUUUCAGAAACCAGAUGGAUGCUCUAAAAGUAUUCUAUGACCCAAACUCUCAGGAAAACCUCACUUAUCCAUCCCUGAUAAAGAAAUGCACUGCAGCCCCAGAAACAGGUUUACUGCUUUUCCCGAUCUACAUCACAUUUAAAGGCCUCCGCAGAGGUGUGACGUCUGCUCAGCUUCUGGCAUCAAAAAUAAUUGACCAACAGACAUUUGAAAAUCUACAUGAGGGUAAAACCACCACCCAGGAUGUAAUGUUAAUGGAAACAGUGAAAGAAUAUCUAGAAGGUAAACAGAGCAUUGGGGGUGUAGCUAUGCUCGCCACAAAUAAGAAAAUGAGCAUCUACCAGGCAAUGAGACAAGGAAUAAUCAUGCCGGGUUCUGCUUUGAUUCUGCUAGAAGCACAGGCUGCAACUGGAUUCAUGAUUGACCCUGUUGAAAACAAGACAUACACUGUAGAUGAAGCCAUUAAACAAAAACUUGUAGGACCAGAAUACCAUGCAAAAUUGCUUGCAGCAGAACGUGCAGUUACUGGCUACAAGGACCCAUACACUGGUGAAACCAUUUCUCUUUUUCAAGCUUUGAAGAAAGAACUGAUUGUGAAGGAGCAUGGAAUCCGCUUGCUUGAAGCACAAAUUGCAACUGGUGGAAUUAUUGAUCCCAUAAACAGUCACAGAGUUCCUGUGGACGUAGCAUACAAUUGUGGCUUCUUCGAUGAGGAAAUGAACACCAUCCUUAAGGAUCCUGAAGAUGACACUAAAGGAUUCUUUGACCCAAACACAAAGGAUAAUCUGACAUAUCUGCAACUGCUGGAUCGUUGUGUCAUCGACCCUUCUACAGGACUCACAUUGUUGCCCAUUCAAGAUCCAUCUGGUAGUCUGAAUUACACAUUCAUUGGCUAUGACAUCAAAAAAGUCUUCAAGGGUGUCAUGGUGAAAGUGACAUGUGGAAAAUACAUGGGGAUGACUGUUUCUCUCUGGGAAUUACUUAUGUCUGAAUACUUCACUGAACAGCAAAGGCAAGACUUUAUCCAGCAAUACAGAAACAGAACACUCACGAUUGAAAUUAUAGUCACUAAAGUCCUGGAGAUCAUUGAACAUUCAGUGAAAACAUCUAAUGCAUUUUUUGAAGGUAUAAGGGAAAAAGUAAGUGCAAACCAGCUUGUCGAGGCUGAAAUCAUCACAGAGCACGAUCUAGAAGAUCUCAGAGAAGGAAAAAAGACUGUCAAAGAUGUUACAGAGAAUGAAUCUGUGCAAACUUAUCUACAAGGUAAACCAAGCAUUGCUGGUGUGCUGCUUCCUGACUCACAAGUGAUGUCAAUCUACCAAGCCCGACAAAAAGGAAUUCUGAGGCCAGGAACAUCACUUGUUCUUCUUGAAGCCCAGGCUGCAACAGGAUUCAUAAUUGACCCAAUUGCUAAUCAAAAGUUUACUGUAGAUGAUGCAGUGAAGGCACGGGUGGUAGGGGCUGAUCUUCAUGCAAAACUAUCCUCAGCAGAGAAGGCAGUGACAGGUUACCACAAUCCAUACACUGGCAAGAAAAUCUCAUUGUUCCAAGCAAUGCAAAAAGAUUUAAUUGUGAAAGAUCAUGGUAUACGUCUGCUAGAGGCCCAGAUUGCCACGGGGGGCAUUAUUGAUCCUGUAAAUAGCCAUCGCAUUCCAGUUCAUAUUGCUUAUAAACGAGGAUUCUUUGAUACUGAAAUGAAUCAGAUCCUUUGUGAUCCAACUGAUGACACAAAAGGAUUCUUUGACCCAAACACUCAUGAAAACCUUACUUAUAUGCAGCUUAUGUCCAGAUGUGUCACUGACCAAAGCACAGGCCUUUGCCUUUUGACAAUCAAAGGGAACGACAAGAGAGUCAAGAUAGGGGAAAGCACCAAAGAGGCCUUCCAAACCACAUAUGUCUCUGUGAAAUAUGGCAGAUUCAGCAACAAGAAUGUGACACUUUGGGAUAUCAUCAACUCUGAAUAUUUGUCUGAGGAGAAAAGACAGGAGCUGUUAAAAUGUUACAAGUCAAAAACAAUCACAAUUGAAGAAAUCAUUACAAUAAUUUUAGAGAUCAUUGAGAGCAAAGAAGUACAAAGAAAUGCUGACCUCAGUGUAGAUGGUCUCAGGGGAAAAGUCUCUAUUUUGGAGCUGCUGAAUUUGGGAAUAAUAGAUGAAAAAACAUACAAAAAUGUGAUUCAGGGGAAGCUAACAAUUGAAGAACUCAUUGAGAUGGGCACUGUGAGAAACUUCCUCAGGGGAUCAAGCUGUAUAGCAGGUGUAAUAUUACAAAAGUCUAAUCAGAAAAUGAGCAUCUACAAAGCCAAAAAAGAAGGCCAUCUUACCUCUGGCACCGCAUUGUGUCUUCUUGAAGCACAGGCUGCCACUGGGUUUAUUGUUGAUCCAAUUCAAAACAAGAAACUCACUGUUGAUGAGGCACUGAAGCAGAAAAUCAUUGUUCCAGAGUUGUAUGAAAAGCUCCUAGCUGCUGAGAAAGCAGUGACUGGUUAUGAAGACCCAUACACAGGCAAGAAAAUAUCACUUUUCGAAGCAAUAGAGAAAGAACUUAUUGUAAAGCAGCAUGGCAUUCGUCUGCUUGAAGCCCAGAUUGCUACAGGUGGCAUCAUUGAUCCUAUAACAUGUUUACAUUUGCCACUUGAUGUUGCUUUCCGGAAGGGUUAUUUUGACUCUGACUUAAAUCAGAUCCUUGCUGAUCCAAGCGAUGACACUAAAGGAUUUUUUGAUCCCACCACACAAGAAAAUCUGACCUACAUGGAAAUGAUGGCACGAUGCAUCAAGGAUCCCGAUACUGGUCUUUUACUUCUUCCAGUUGCCGAAAAAGGUAAAACACAAGAAAAAUCACAAAAAAUUAUCUCAGAUGUUGAGAUUAAGGAAGAAUUUGAGAAAAAAAAAGUUAUCAUUCCUGUUGGCCGUUUCUGUGGGAAAUCACUGUCUCUUUGGGAGAUAAUUCAUUCUGAAUACUUCACAGAUGAACAGAGGGAGCAGUUCUUUGAACAAUAUUGUUUAGAAAAGAUAAAUAUCAUGGAUGUUGUCACCAUGGUUAUCACAACUAUUCAAACACUAGAACAGAAAGAAGCAGCUCCUCAAACAACAAUGGGCCUAAGAAAACCUGUUUCUGUGCAACAGCUGUAUGACUCUGGAAUCAUUGACACCAGUACUUACAAAGAGCUGCAACAUGGUAAGGAGAUACUUGAAAAUGUGGUUAAACUUGAAUCUGUACAACAGUAUUUGAAGGGCACUGGAAGUAUUGCUGGAAUAAAACUUCAUCCAUCAGGAAAAGUGUUAAGUUUAUACAUGGCAAAAACUGAAGGCUUACUCACUUCCGAUGCAGCACUGUUGUUGCUUGAGGCUCAGGCAGCAACUGGAUUUGUUAUCGAUCCAAUCAAAAACACACAUAACUCAGUCAUGGAGGCUGUCAGAGCUCAACUUAUCGGACCAGAGAUAUUGGAGCACUUGCUAUUGGCUGAACGUGCUGUCACUGGCUUCACAGACCCCUACACAAAUAAGCAGAUAUGCUUAUUUGAAGCAAUGAAUAAAAGCCUCAUCCCUCGGAAACAUGGACUGAACCUUUUAGAUGCACAGCUUGCAACAGGGGGAAUUAUUGAUCCAAUUGGAAGCUAUCGGCUACCUGUUCAGAAAGCAAUUAUGAAAGGAUGCUUGAAUAAGGAGACCAGUGAUUAUCUGGCAAAUCUUAGUAAAAGUGAAAAAGGGUUUUCAGACCCCCAAACAAAAGAACCUCUUACCUACCAUCAGCUCAUGAAGAAAUGUGAAAAGGAUUCAACAACCGGCCUGCUGCUUCUCCCAAUAACUGAAAAGAGUGCUGAAAGCUCAACCUACAAUGACAAGCAAAUAAUAAAUGUCUUCAAAGAAAAAUCAGUGAUCAUCAAUGCUGGAAAGUUUGCAGACAAACGUGUAUCACUUUGGGAUGUACUACACUCAGAGUAUAUAUCUGCAGAAAAAAGAAAAGAAGUACUUGACCAAUACAAACAAAAGAAACUAUCAAUUGAGGAGAUAACAGAAAUGGUGACAGCAAUGAUAAUUGAGGUAACCACAAAAAAGCAUUCUUUUAAAGGUCUGAGAAAACAAGUGUCAGCAAGUGAACUAUUUGAGGCUAAAAUCAUCUCAAAAGAAAUGAUUAGAAGGAUUAUCAAUGAAGAAGUAGAUGAUGAAGAUAUAAACAAUAUGGAAUCUAUUCAAAAAUACCUUGGGGCAACAAACUGUAUCGCUGGUGUAUAUGUCCAGUCAACCAAACAGACCAUGAGCAUAUCUGAAGCCAAAAAUAAGGGACUUCUGACACCUGGAACAUCUCUGGUUUUACUUGAGGCCCAGGCUGCCACUGGCUUUAUGAUUGACCCAGUGAAGAACAAAAAACUGUCAGUAGAGCAGGCGGUGGCCGAAGGGAUUGUUGGGACAGAAUGGAAAAACAAACUGCUGUCUGCAGAGCGGGCAGUUACUGGUUACACAGACCCCAACACAGGAAAAACAAUUUCCUUGUUCCAGGCCUUGAAAAAAGAUCUGAUUGUCAAAGACCAUGGUAUUCGUCUGCUAGAAGCUCAGAUUGCUACAGGGGGCAUCAUUGAUCCUGUGCACAGCCACCGUGUCCCUGUGGAGGUGGCUUACCAAAGAGGGUACUUUGAUGAGGAGAUGAACAAGAUCCUCUCUGAUCCAGGUGAUGACACCAAGGGAUUCUUUGAUCCCAACACACAGGAGAACCUCACAUACCUGCAACUUGUGGAGAGGUGUGUUAGAGACCCCAUCACUGGCCUGAGCCUCCUUGUGAUUGUGAAAAAGGGCGAGUACUACUUCUUCAUUGAUGAACAUACAAAGAAUAUCCUCAAGUCUAUGACCACACAGAAAGCAGGAGGUAAAUUCCAAGGAGAGCUGGUGACUCUUUGGGAUCUGCUAUAUUCAAAUUACAUAUCUGAGGAAAAGAGGAGAGAACUGGUGCAGCAGUUUAAGUCGGGUACAAUAACUAUUGAAGAAUUCUUAGAAAUAGUUCUGACAUUGGUACCACAGCAAUCAGGAACAUGCACCCAAACCAUUACUACCACCACCACAGCAACAACAGAGAUAACCCAGAAGCACAACUUCCAAGGUAUCAGAAAGGAUGUGAGUGCUGAUGAGUUACUGCUAUCCAAAGUCAUUGAUGAGAAAAUGUACAAAGACCUAACUUCUGGAAAGGUCACAGUUGAUCAUGUAAGUGACAUGGACUCUGUGCGAAGAUACCUGAAAGGAACGAACAGCAUUGCUGGUGUAUUUGUGCAGUCUACCAAACAGACCAUGAGCAUAUCUGAAGCCAAAAAUAAGGGACUUCUGACACCUGGAACAUCUCUGGUUUUACUUGAGGCCCAGGCUGCCACUGGCUUUAUGAUUGACCCAGUGAAGAACAAAAAACUGUCAGUAGAGCAGGCGGUGGCCGAAGGGAUUGUUGGGACAGAAUGGAAAAACAAACUGCUGUCUGCAGAGCGGGCAGUUACUGGUUACACAGACCCCAACACGGGAAAAACAAUUUCCUUGUUCCAGGCCUUGAAAAAAGAUCUGAUUGUCAAAGACCAUGGUAUUCGUCUGCUAGAAGCUCAGAUUGCUACAGGGGGCAUCAUUGAUCCUGUGCACAGCCACCGUGUCCCUGUGGAGGUGGCUUACCAAAGAGGGUACUUUGAUGAGGAGAUGAACAAGAUCCUCUCUGAUCCAGGUGAUGACACCAAGGGAUUCUUUGAUCCCAACACACAGGAGAACCUCACAUACCUGCAACUUGUGGAGAGGUGUGUUAGAGACCCCAUCACUGGCCUGAGCCUCCUUGUGAUUGUGAAAAAGGGCGAGUACUACUUCUUCAUUGAUGAACAUACAAAGAAUAUCCUCAAGUCUAUGACCACACAGAAAGCAGGAGGUAAAUUCCAAGGAGAGCUGGUGACUCUUUGGGAUCUGCUAUAUUCAAAUUACAUAUCUGAGGAAAAGAGGAGAGAACUGGUGCAGCAGUUUAAGUCGGGUACAAUAACUAUUGAGGAAUUCUUAGAAAUAGUUCUGACAUUGGUACCACAGCAAUCAGGAACAUGCACCCAAACCAUUACUACCACCACCACAGCAACAACAGAGACAACCCAGAAGCACAACUUCCAAGGUAUCAGAAAGGAUGUGAGUGCUGAUGAGUUACUGCUAUCCAAAGUCAUUGAUGAGAAAAUGUACAAAGACCUAACUUCUGGAAAGGUCACAGUUGAUCAUGUAAGUGACAUGGACUCUGUGCGAAGAUACCUGAAAGGAACGAACAGCAUUGCUGGUGUAUUUGUGCAGUCUACCAAACAGACCAUGAGCAUAUCUGAAGCCAAAAAUAAGGGACUUCUGACACCUGGAACAUCUCUGGUUUUACUUGAGGCCCAGGCUGCCACUGGCUUUAUGAUUGACCCAGUGAAGAACAAAAAACUGUCAGUAGAGCAGGCGGUGGCCGAAGGGAUUGUUGGGACAGAAUGGAAAAACAAACUGCUGUCUGCAGAGCGGGCAGUUACUGGUUACACAGACCCCAACACGGGAAAAACAAUCUCCUUGUUCCAGGCCUUGAAAAAAGAUCUGAUUGUCAAAGACCAUGGUAUUCGUCUGCUAGAAGCUCAGAUUGCUACAGGGGGCAUCAUUGAUCCUGUGCACAGCCACCGUGUCCCUGUGGAGGUGGCUUACCAAAGAGGGUACUUUGAUGAGGAGAUGAACAAGAUCCUCUCUGAUCCAGGUGAUGACACCAAGGGAUUCUUUGAUCCCAACACACAGGAGAACCUCACAUACCUGCAACUUGUGGAGAGGUGUGUUAGAGACCCCAUCACUGGCCUGAGCCUCCUUGUGAUUGUGAAAAAGGGCGAGUACUACUUCUUCAUUGAUGAACAUACAAAGAAUAUCCUCAAGUCUAUGACCACACAGAAAGCAGGAGGUAAAUUCCAAGGAGAGCUGGUGACUCUUUGGGAUCUGCUAUAUUCAAAUUACAUAUCUGAGGAAAAGAGGAGAGAACUGGUGCAGCAGUUUAAGUCGGGUACAAUAACUAUUGAAGAAUUCCUAGAAAUAGUUCUGACAUUGGUACCACAGCAAUCAGGAACAUGCACCCAAACCAUUACUACCACCACCACAGCAACAACAGAGAUAACCCAGAAGCACAACUUCCAAGGUAUCAGAAAGGAUGUGAGUGCUGAUGAGUUACUGCUAUCCAAAGUCAUUGAUGAGAAAAUGUACAAAGACCUAACUUCUGGAAAGGUCACAGUUGAUCAUGUAAGUGACAUGGACUCUGUGCGAAGAUACCUGAAAGGAACGAACAGCAUUGCUGGUGUAUUUGUGCAGUCUACCAAACAGACCAUGAGCAUAUCUGAAGCCAAAAAUAAGGGACUUCUGACACCUGGAACAUCUCUGGUUUUACUUGAGGCCCAGGCUGCCACUGGCUUUAUGAUUGACCCAGUGAAGAACAAAAAACUGUCAGUAGAGCAGGCGGUGGCCGAAGGGAUUGUUGGGACAGAAUGGAAAAACAAACUGCUGUCUGCAGAGCGGGCAGUUACUGGUUACACAGACCCCAACACGGGAAAAACAAUCUCCUUGUUCCAGGCCUUGAAAAAAGAUCUGAUUGUCAAAGACCAUGGUAUUCGUCUGCUAGAAGCUCAGAUUGCUACAGGGGGCAUCAUUGAUCCUGUGCACAGCCACCGUGUCCCUGUGGAGGUGGCUUACCAAAGAGGGUACUUUGAUGAGGAGAUGAACAAGAUCCUCUCUGAUCCAGGUGAUGACACCAAGGGAUUCUUUGAUCCCAACACACAGGAGAACCUCACAUACCUGCAACUUGUGGAGAGGUGUGUUAGAGACCCCAUCACUGGCCUGAGCCUCCUUGUGAUUGUGAAAAAGGGCGAGUACUACUUCUUCAUUGAUGAACAUACAAAGAAUAUCCUCAAGUCUAUGACCACACAGAAAGCAGGAGGUAAAUUCCAAGGAGAGCUGGUGACUCUUUGGGAUCUGCUAUAUUCAAAUUACAUAUCUGAGGAAAAGAGGAGAGAACUGGUGCAGCAGUUUAAGUCAGCACGUGAACAUGAGAAAAAUAGUAGCAGAGAAGGGCAGUAA